AUGUCAUUAAAUCGAGUAACUGUUGAAAGUAAGUCAUCAAAAGCAUUUGAUGGCAAAAUUAAAAAAAACUUGAAAUUAGCUCUACCACCAAUAGAUCUUCUUGAUUCAAUAUAUUUAGAACAUAAUUUGUCGAUCAGAGAGUUUGUCUUUGAUGGGCAAACUUUUAGUUAUACAAUGGGAAAAGUUAAAGGCGAAUGA